GUGACAAUUUCAAAUGCGGAGAAAAUGAUGGCUAAAACUAAUUAAAUAAUCAUUAUUGUAUAACAUUUGAAACUGUCUCAAAUAGCUAGCAUGUGAAUUCACGAUUUUGUAAAUACUGUUUCAAUGUACGUUAAAUGAUGGUAUGGUUUUGUUUAUUCAAAUAGACAUGAAAAAUGUUGAUUUAAUUGUUUUACGCGCAAUCACAACUCAACAAAAACGUUUGAGUUUAAGUAAUAAAAAACUUUAUCAUUUACCAUACAACAUUGAAUUUCUUAACUGGCUUGUAAUAUUAGAUCUACGUUCAAAUAGUUUAUCUGAUCUGCCAAUUCUACCAAAACAUCUACAAUCGAUUAAUUUAGGUCACAACUGGUUUACAACAAUACCUAAUUCUGUAUUUGAAUUGACGUCACUCAAAUCAAUCAGUAUGUAUAGCAAUCAACUUCAAUCUAUUCCAAGUACACUUUUCGAACGGUUGGUUAAUCUUGAAUACAUAAAUUUCAAUCAUAAUUACAUUAAUGCACUAAAUGACUCAAUAUCCAAUUUAGCCCAUUUGAAAUACUUGUCGAGUUCACAUAAUAAAUUGACGACACUACCAGAGUCAAUGUGUUCAAUGCUCAACAAAUUAGAAUAUUUAAAUCUAGGUUAUAAUCAUAUUUUGACAUUGCCAUUUAAUUUUGGUCUACUACAAAACAUGAAAACACUGCUUUUACAUAAGAACUUUUUAACACGAUUACCUGAGACAUUCGGGCAACUGAAAUCACUAACAGUUUUAGACUUAGCUGGUAAUAACUUACAACUUUUACCAUCCAACUUUACACAGUUGAAAUUAAAAGAAUUCUACGCUGAAGCUAAUCCAUUCACACGAAACGAUUUAUUUACUUCAACGUAUAAAGAAAAUGUUUUAACAUUGAAAGAAAUUGUCUUACGAAAAUUAUCCCGUUUAGGAUUUAUUGAUAUUGGUGUUAGCAAUCCUUGGUUAGAAAGUAUUAUCGGAUCAAAACAAUGGCAAACAGCUGGAUUUUGUGCUCUAUGUAAAAACCCAUUUGUAACUUGGUGGUUAGAAAGUGUCCGAUUUGCCAAUCGUAAAGAAUUAAUUAUCUCUAAAAAAUUUCAGUUGAACAAAGCAUCUCCAGAAGUAUUAUAUCCGUUAAGGACUUUAUUUUGCAGUUAUCAUUGCUUAAAUUCAAGCGGAAAUUGUUACGGAUUAAGUGUUGGUUAAUGUUUUGUCGUAACGAAUUUACUCAUAGUGAUGGCGAAAAAAAUCUCAAGCUCAGAAGGAAGAUUUACAGUGAUGUGCACAAUUGAACUGCAUGCUUUAUUCAUGAAGUAUUCACUGCCUUCCUAGGCAAUAUCAUCUUUAAAUUCUUCUAAUGAUAUGUAACUUGUUUCAAAAGUAUAUGCUGAUGUUAUUGUCCAGAAAAACACUGAAAACUUCAUAACUAAUUGUUA